GGGCACUAAACUAAUUUCAAACUAUUUUUAUGCCCUCUUUUUCUUUUCCGGAAAACAACUAUCCAGUCGAGACGUUUUCCUCCACAUAAUUAAUACACAUCAGGAUGUGUGAGGUGGAGGUGAGAGAGGGCAGUGUCCAUGUGGAAGGCUGCGCAUCGCCGCUCUUCUACAGACAAAGUCGACCUUCCUCGGGGGAAACCAAGAUGUCCGUCUUACUUCUUCACGGCAUCCGCUUCUCCUCGCAGAACUGGCUGGACAUUGGCACUAUGCACACUUUGGCCAAAGCUGGCUGCUGUGCGGUGGCCUUGGACCUUCCGGGACUCGGACGCUCCAAGUCAGCAAAGGCUCCGGCAGAAGUGGGAGAGUUGGCUCCAGCGUCCUUCCUGGUGGACGUUUGUAAGCACCUUGGACUGAGCCCGGUGGUGGUCAUCAGCCCCUCGCUCAGCGGCAUGUACUCCCUGCCCUUCCUCAUUCAACACCAGAACCUUUUACGGGCCUACGUCCCUGUGGCACCAAUCUGCACCCAAAAGAUCACCCCUGAACAGUACCGCAGUGUCAAGGUUCCAUCGCUGAUUGUUUAUGGUGACCAGGAUUCUCAACUGGGCGAAGUGUCGCUUAGCAACCUGAGCCAUCUGCCCAAUCACAGUGUGGCUAUGAUGAAAGGGGCGGGGCAUCCCUGCUACCUGGAUGACCCUGACACGUGGCACAAACUUCUGACAGACUUCCUCGCUAAACUAUGAGCUAUAAUCGGGCAGAAGACGGAGUACACCCUGGACAAGUCGCCACCUCAUCGCAGGGCCAACACAAACAGACAGACAACAUUCACACUCAGAUUCACACACUAGGGCCAAUUUAGUGUUGCCAAUCAACCUUUCCCCAGGUGCAUGUCUUUGGAAGUAGGAGGAAGCCGGAGUACCACGCGUUCACGGGGGAGACAUGCAAACUCUACACAGAAAGAUCCCGAGCCCGGGAUUGAACCCAGGACUACUCGGGACCUUCGUAUUGUGAGGCAGACACACAAACCCCUUUGCUACUGUGAAGCCCAUACUGAAAACCAUAGCAUCUAAUAGAUAAUGUUUCAUUUGCACCCCCUGGUGGUGAAAUCUAUCAAAAUGAGGGUGGUCCCAAAGAUGAGGUAUUUUUUAAAUUGAAUGUGUGCCAGUUUUAAAAGUUCUUCCCUUCUGGUCAACACAUGAAAUAAGUGUGUGUAAAAAUUUGAAGUGCUCCCCUUCUGACCAACAUUUGUCAUAACAAGUGUGUGUAAAAAAUUUAAAUGCACCCCCUUUGGCCAAAAUUAACUACAAAAAUCAAAUGAAUAGGUACAUGGAGACAUACUGUAAUAACAAAGAUUAAAAAUCAAUUACGAUUAUUAAUGUUGUAAGUACAAAUCUUUAUAUAUCUAGAAAGGGUGGUCUUAAAGAGGUAGGCAUUUGUCAGAGGUCUCAAGAAUGUAACAAAUAUAAGAAUGUUUUUGUGUGUGUGUGUGUUCAUAACAAAAACACCAGCCGCUGAAGUGAAGUGAAAAAUAUGAACAUUAUUUAUUAACUGAUUCUCUGUAAUAAACCAUUUGAAAAUAUUUUACAAGGAGUCACAGACACAAUAUUUUACAAAUUUUGCCCUCUUCUUGUUAUUUUUUUUUUGUGUGUAGCUUCAUCUGUACAAAGAAUGGAGCAACAUUUGGACCGGCAGUCCAAAACAAGAAGGAGCUAAAAUCAUCAUCCUCACAUACUCGCUCGCUCACUUGCUCGCUCGCUCGCUCAGUCGCUCGCUAACGAGAAAUAAAAAAUUUAAUCAACACCAUUUUGACGUGACACCUGAAAAACUUAUCAACAGUGCUGUUUUCCUACAUUAAUGUUCAUGAUAAUUACUUCACUUUUUCUUUUCUCUAAAUGUUUUUUUUUUUUUGUUAACACACUUGUCACACAUGGUCACGUUGCACCACACUACACAAUCACAUACACACUUCUUGUACGCCCCUCCCUCUCCUCCUACUUCUUUUUACACGUUUUAUUCAUUAUUUUGGCAAACUUAACCUGUCACUCACAAGAAAAGGUUGCCUUCGCUAUGGCGGGCGUGUGCGCGUGUGUGCACGUACAGACAAGGACACAGUAUGACGCUUGGUGUUUACGUGUUAGCAUAAGCAGCAAAGAUUGUUGAUAGUCGUGAUGGAAAGUAGUGUGGAGAAAACCUCAACGGCCGCAUUUGAUGGAUCUUUUAAGAGGGGCCAGCCUGGAAUGUUAAAUAAGCAAACAUGAGCGUCCUUAUUUGUCUGACAUUUAAGUUUAAAUAUUUUAUGGCUGCUGGAAGAAAUAUUCAAUAACAUUUUAGGAUACAUUUGUAUAAUGCAAAUAUUUAUAUUAAUCAGUCCCCCACGAUUUUGUUGGCAUUUUUUUUUUUUUUUUUGCAAUUGUUCCGGCCUAAAAUGCCUGACUUUGCAGAAGCUCUUUUAGUUCCAAUAUUUUGAGGAUUUAUUUUCGCAGUAACAUUGAAUCAAUUUGCGAUUUGAUACAUUUAUUAUAAACUCAUUAAGUGUUCCUCGUAACCCAUCCAUUUUCUACCGGUUGUCCCUCUCGGGGUCGUGGGGGGUGCUGGAGCCGGUUCUUUUAAGAGGGGCCAGCCUGGAAUGUUAAAUAAGCAAACAUGAGCGUCCAUAUUUGUCCGACAUUUAAGUUGAAAUAUUUUAUGGCUGCUGAAAGAAAUAUUCAAUAACAUUUUAGGAUACAUUUGUAUAAUGCAAAUAUUUAUAUUAAUCAGUCCCCCACGAUUUUGUUGGCAUUUUUUUUUUUUUUUUGCAAUUGUUCCGGCCUAAAAUGCCUGACUUUGCAGCAGCUCUUUUAGUUCCAAUAUUUUGAGGAUUUAUUUUCGCAGUAACAUUGAAUCAAUUUGCGAUUUGAUACAUUUAUUAUAAACUCAUUAAGUGUUCCUCGUAACCCAUCCAUUUUCUACCGGUUGUCCCUCUCGGGGUUGUGGGGGGUGCUGGAGCCUGUUCCUUGUCAACCGUAUUCUCAAAAAGCACAUGACUUUAAUAAAAAUUGUAAAACAAAUAUUAUAUUGAUGUUUUACUCGUUUUGUAGCACACAGACUUAAAAGUAGACACUAAAUUUGUAAAAGCACAUACUUAGAGAUCAUUGUCUAAAAACUGUACUGUUUUAAUUCAUUAUGACUAAUAUGAAUAUUUAAUUAUGAUUACAGAAAAAAAAAACAGACCAAAAGCUUUCUUAUUGUCUGCCGUCAGCUCUGUGGUCCAUAAGUUGCAGGCAUCCUCCGCAUAUGUUUUACUCUUGAAAACUGUUUGUUCAUCUUAAACAUUCAUUUACUGUACGUUCCAACACAUUUACCCCCGCAUGUUAAGAGCAUUUGCGAACUGUGUAGAGCGAUCUAUAGCGCACAUUUUUUUGGUAAAUGUGAGACUAUAAGAGAUAAUUAUCACACUUCAACAUCUCUAACAUGUAAAUGCUGCCUCUUUGAUAGGUCAGCAAUGCAAAUCAAAAAAAUGUUCUUAAUUCUCUUACCCUGCAUAAAUAAAUGGUAAAUAAAUGUAUGUAAACGAGGAAGUAAAUAUUUAUAUACUAUAUUAUCCAGAAGGAUUACAGAAACAAGACGGGGGUCCGAGCUAUGAAGGAGGACAACAAUUGUGUCGUUUGAUAAAUAAAGAGUUGUUAUAGUGUUA